AUGUUGUGGACUCUGAUAUUUUUUGUAUUUUUGAUACAAUGUACUGUAUCGCAACCUUCAAUUCCACCACCAGAGCGACCAGAGUGUAGUGAGAGUUGGCAGUCACCAGAUUUGACCUACGUCCCAUCUAUAAACCAAUGUACAGAUUACACAUCAGGAGCCGGUGUUGCUUGUCAGCCUAAUAAUCCGUUCACGUGUACUGGUAGAAACCCAUUCUGUGCAACGGCCGGAGAUCGUGCAUUUAAAUGUUGCAGUGAUAUUAUUCAAGACUCCACAGAGCUAUCGAAACUUAAUGUUACUCAAAUCAAACCAAUAUGUCCCGCUGGAGCGAUCCCUUACAAAAUGCCUCAAGUUUUAUUAUGCGAUCCAACAAUUGUUAAUAUCUGCCCGUACGACUAUAAGUGCGUCGAAGCAGCAAAUGGUCAUCAACUUCCACCAGAUGGACGGUCUCUUUGUUGUAAAACUACUACACUAUACUCGUUUGCUUCUGUUUUUGGAGAAGCUAAAAUAAGCCCUCGUAUUGUGCCAAAUCCCCCUCUUUCAGCCAUCGAAUAUGUCACUUUGAAUGUUCACACUUCCGCGAAAGAGCACUCACCGGAAAUUAGGAUUGGUGAUCAUUUCGUGCUGACCCCUUACAAACUCUACGAGCCCGCUUAUUUGAAAAAAAUCAAACUGUUCACGGACUUUGGCCACGGCUCAUUUGUGCAUGUUAUCCUUUUUGAUCCUAUGUCCACCACUGAGACUAUGCAACUCUAUUAUGAUCGUCCAACUUCUAAUGGCAAAACGAUUAAUCUUGAUGAACCUAUUCCAGACGGAGGAUUCAUAUCUAAGAGAAUAUUCAACGCUGCUCCAAUUACACAAAUUGAAAACCCAUCACGUCCGGGUCCAAUAAAAGAAUAUCGAAAAUUAUGGAUUGUUCUUAUUUUCAAAACUACAAAUCCAUUUGGACGUGUCUAUAUACUCUCCACUAAAGAUCUUCACAGCAAAUAUCGUUCAGUGACUGAUUUCCUGAAGUCAGAUACUGGAAAUAUGCUGGGAACCCCGGUGGCUGGCACUUAUUUUUAUGUAAGUUCUUAG